AUGGGCCAGGAGGGCGGAAUUCGAGAUCGAAUGAAGGUGUCAUCGCGCGGGAUGCGGACGUUCGGCCCGAGGCUUCGGGCCCUGAUCGCCGUCGUCAUUGUCGUCGGCAAUGUCGACGGGCAGUACUGGAAUUUCCCGACGUUUCCGUUCUCGGCAUUGACGAGCCAGCGAGUCGUGCCAGCAUCGGGAUCGACCUCUUCGUCGUCAGCGUCUCAGGCUUUCGUCCCGCCAAUAAGAGUCCCUGCUGGAUUGAAACUAUGCCAGUCCUUUUCUUCAAGCAAACAUCGAUCGACGUCUGCAAGCUUGAUCUUUAGUUGCAAGUCGGCGGAGAAACCUCACGAGCAAAAAGUCAUCACGGAUUUAUCCCAGAUCACGUAUGAGGAAUUUUUCGAUCGAAAUCCCGACCGCUUCGUCGAAUGCUUCCAAAAAUUCCGACGGAAGCGGAAGCAACGAAUCAAUAUGAAAGUUUUGUCCAAUUUACGAAAUUUAAGCAAUGCUUUGAAGACGAGCUUGAGUUUGAGGCGUGGUUUUUGCACCUUCUCGGCCGGCCGUCAAGUUGCACAGCGAGUCAAGAAAAGCAACCUUCGGAGAGAAUGCGAAAAAUUCGGCGAUUAUUGCCCACUUCUCGUGGCGAAAUGUAACAGAUCCCGAAAGACGGACCCGAGACCAGAUUACGGGACCGAAUCCCGUGAUUGCGAAGCGUUUGGAAAUGACACCGAGGCGGAAAGAAAAAAGUGCCGGAAAGAGAUACACACGGGAAAAGAAGAAAAUAUAACCUCUCAUCGUCGCUAUAUAGGAAACAACCGGAAGGAAACAAAAUAA